GCCCGAAUCCGGAAGGAAAACAGUGGGCGAGAGCAAGGCGAGGCGGCGCAGACAUGGAGGCGGACCCCGGCGAGUGGGCCGACAACGAGGAGCUGGAGCCGGAGGACGGUGGCCCGCCGGACUCCUUCGAGAGCGCCAUGGCCACCCUAAACUUGGGAGAUUACAGUGGGCCGAACAUCUGGAAGCUCGGUGUGCACGUGGUGACGUGGAACGUGGCUUCAGCAGCACCUCCCGAAGACCUCAGUGACCUGCUUCAGCUGAACAACCAGGACCUCAACCUGGAUUUGUAUGUUAUUGGUUUGCAGGAAAUGAACUCGGGGAUUAUAAGCUUCCUUUCCGAUACUGCCUUUGAAGACCCAUGGAGCAGUUUCUUCAUGGAUGUGCUUUCCCCUCUGAACUUCGUCAAGGUCUCCCAUGUCCGCAUGCAGGGGCUUCUCUUACUGAUCUUUGUCAAGUAUCAUCAUCUACCCUUUAUCCAGAUCCUCUCUACGAAGUCCAUCCCCACUGGCUUGUACGGGUACUGGGGCAAUAAAGGGGGCGUCAACAUCUGCCUGAAGGUUUACGGCUACUACAUCAGUGUUAUCAACUGCCACCUGCCUCCCCACGUGUCCAACAAUGACAAGCGGCUGGAGCACUUUGACCGGAUCCUAGAGAUGCAGAAUUUUGAGGAACGUGGCAUCCCCAACAUCCUGGACCAUGACCUCAUCCUCUGGUUUGGAGACAUGAACUUUCGGAUCCAGGAUUUGGGGCUGCACUUUGUUCGACAGUGCAUAUCAAAUCAGUACUUCAGUUCCCUGUGGGAGAAGGAUCAGCUCAGAAUUGCCAAGAAAAAGGACCCUCUGCUCCGGGAGUUCCAGGAGGGGCCCCUGCUCUUCCCACCCACGUACAAGUUUGACAUAGACUCCAACAACUACGACACCAGUGAGAAAAGACGGAAGCCUGCCUGGACCGACCGUAUAUUAUGGAGACUGAAGCGGCAACCCCAGGCCAUCCCCCACAUCUCCGGCCUGCCAGCCUACUUCACCCUGACCCUGAAGAGCUAUAACAGCCACAUGAUGUACAGCAUUAGUGACCACAAGCCGGUCACUGGCACCUUCGACUUGGAGCUGAAGCCGUUGGUGUCUGCCCCCUUGAUCACUCUGAUGCCGGAGAGCCUGUGGACCAUCGAGAAUGACAUGCUGAUCAGCUAUUCCUCAGACCCAGACUUCCUCAGCAGCCCUUGGGACUGGAUCGGACUGUACAAGCUGGGGAUGCGCCACAUUAAUGACUAUGUGUCCUAUGUGUGGGUCGGGGACAACCAGGUCUCCUUCAGCAACAACCACCACCAGGUGUACAUGAACCUCAGCGACAUCCCUGAGUCUAAGGACUCCUUUCUCCUCUGCUACUACAGCAACAUUCUGAAUUCGGUAGCAGGGAUUAGCACACCCUUCAAGAUCCCACUUCGCUUCUUUUUGAAGGAGGACACACUGGCUGAUGACAGCCCAGAGAUCUCUGAGCAUCAGUGAGAGCUGGCGGCUCCUACCCACGGGCAUGUUGGGGCCAGGCCGAGCCAGUGAGGUGGCAGCCGAGCAACCUCCAUGUACCCACCUCCCAAAUGAGCUCUAGCAGACCUCUUUGUUCUCUCUGGUCCAGAUCUCUGGAAUGUACCACUUACUUAUAGGUUUUUGUUGCUAAGGUGUUAGUAAAACCAGCUAGCUCGUCCCCGUGAAGACAUGGGACAACCUACCCUUGGUGGGAAGGACCCUCUCGCUCUCAUUCCAUUUCGUAAUUUCUCCCCCACACACUUGCAGCACUGCCAGGCCCUUACCCCAGCUGGCACAGGCCUGCAUUCCUGUCACACCCUGCUGGGCCUCCGGCUGCCUGGGUGGGAGAGAUGUGCCCAGCCGCGAUAGAGUCCGGGAACCUUGGUAUCCCAUGGCUUGUGCCCGUGAGAGCUCAGCAGAGGCCUCAACAGAAGCUGCCUGGCUAAGUGGAGGGGGUCCUCUGCCUAGGCUAUCUCCUAUCAGCACAGUCUUGCCCCCUGCCUGCUGCAGGGAAGCUGACCCAGAAGUUACAGGGCCUGAGUAGAGAAAAGUAGGAAGGCCCCAGUCAAUUUGUGUUGGAGACCCAGCUACCAACCUGCUCUCUCGGGAAGGGUUCCCAAGUGGUGGGGGCGGGGCAGCCCCCGCAGUUUCCCAGGGUGCUCACUGCCAUGUCAAGCUCAUCGACCCCCACCCUUGCCAGACCAUAUUGAUCAAAAGCUGCUCCUUUCUCUGGGCCCCUUUGGAUGUGGAGGUGGGGACAGGCAAUGGGGAGAACCAGGAUGUAGCCGUUUUGGGGGCUCUGGUCUUAGGGCCUUUCAGAGAGUAUUUUCUAGGUGCUUUGUGGACACUCCUGCCGCUUGCCUCGUGCCAGUGGCAACUCAGCUGCCCUCGGCCCAGAAGAUACCUCAGGGAGCCUACUCUGCCUGCCAUGCCCAUGCUGCGACCACAGGCUGAGGGUCCUUUCUCUGCAUCCCCUCCUGCUGGGAAUCUUAUGUAUGAAGAAUGUCCCCUAGCUGCUCGCAGAUGCUGGUUGGCUGUGUUCUCUCUGUUGGGGGGGGGCGGGCAAUUAGAAGUGUGGCUUUGA